CCCGGAAGUGAGCUGUGAAGCGGAACAAUACAGGGAUUGCUACCCGGUCCGCGAUCCGAACCGGGGCCGCGCGCAGUCUGCCAGCCGGUACCGUGCCCUCCCCUGACCAGUCACCAUCACCACUGUCCAUUGCUGGAAUAGCCCCGCGGGCCGGGGUUGGGUGGGCCCGGGUCGGUGUGUGAGAGGAAGCAGCUUCCUGUCCAGCAUGGAGCAGUGACAACCUGCAGCACACGGAACCAGGCGGACAUAGUGCUGGCACAGCGGACCAUGGGGGAGGCUUAGCCUGAUCAAUGAAAAUGCAGGAUGGGUCAGAAGAUCGUAACCAUUGGAGGGCUUUCUGAGUCCCAUACCCUCUAGUUUUGGCCAAACACCAAUCCAUGUGAUGGCGCAGAGCAGUCCGCAGCUGGACAUCCAGGUAUUAAAUGAUCUCCAACAGCGCUUCCCUGAGAUUCCACGGGAUGUGGUUUCUCAGUGCAUGUUGCAGAACAACAGCAACAUUGAUGCGUGUUGCAGAGUCCUGAAACAAGAAAGCAGCAAGUACCUGUAUAUGGAGUGUCAAAAUUUGGAUGAAGCAAGGGUAAAUAGUAAUCUUUUGCACAUUAACCUUGGAAUCCAUCCAAGUCAAAAUUUCCACGCAGGAGAUGGGAAGCAGGUCAAUGGUCGUCCACUGGUUCACAGCUCAAGUGAUGGACACAUUGACCCACAAUGCACUUCAGGCAAGCUUUUCUGUUUGCACCAGGAGCCCCAUUCUGCACCAGCUAUUGUGGCACAAAAUUACAACCCAUUUUUCUUGCAAGACCAGAGUCGAAAUUCACCAACCCCUCCACCACAGUCUCUGCAGCAACCAGGUGUCAAUACACCUGCUAUGCAAACUCCUCUGCCCACCUUUAUGCACUUACCUCGCUACAGUACAAAUCCAAUAACUGUAACUGUGUCACAAAAUAUACCGUCUGGUCACAAUGUGCCUAGGGCUUUACAGAUAAUUCCUCAAGUUCAAAACAAUGUUUAUGGAACUCCUAAUUCUAUUUACAUUAGACAGCAAUCACAAAAUUCUCCUGGCAGGCAAACUCAGCCGAACUCGCCCUGGCCUUCCUCUCCACAAGUUUCUCAUUCUCAUUACAACCCGUGUCCUCUUCCAGUUUAUCAUCCUAGUUAUCAACCUUCUCAAUAUUCCUCCAAACAGACUCAAAUGUCCCAAUCUGCUUAUUGUUCCCCACCUACAUCUCAGUGCACUUCUCCUUUCAAUUCCCCACAGCAUCAUAUGCAGCCAAACCAAUUGAGCCACCAAUCCUCACAUGUCUUUGUGCCACCAAGUCCAUCAACUGUUUCUCCACUUCCUUAUCAACCACCUCCUGCCUAUAGCAGCAAGCAAAGUAGCCAUUCAGUAUCCUAUCUUCCCUAUGGUUCUGGUAUAAAUAAGGGAUCUAUGAACAAGAUAGAAAUCACAGUUGAAUCACCGCAGAGACCAGGAACUGCAAUUAAUAGAAGUCCUUCACCUAUAAAUAAUCAAUCAUCCCAGAGGAGUCCACAUCCUGCUUAUGCGCCAAAUACACGGUCAAGCUCACCUUCUGGGGGAAUGUCUGGCCAGCCAAAGUCUCCAUAUGGCGUUAACCCAUUGUACAUUACUUACUCUCAGCCGCCUGCAACCUCUGGAUCUCCAUCCCCUUCUCCACAUGUUUUGAUGUCUCCUUCAAACCCAACAGUGUUUAAAAUUAAAGUUGGACGUGCUCCUACUGAAAAUCUUUUAAAUAUUGUGGACCAAGAGCAGCACCCCGGGGCACCAGAACCAAUACAGCCAAUUUCCCUGAUCACAACUCCAGGUGUAGAGAAAGGAGUCCAUAAAUAUCACAGGAGUUCCAGUUCUGGCUCAGAUGAUUAUGCAUAUACUCAAGCCUUAUUACUACAUCAAAGAGCAAGAAUGGAAAGACUGGCCAAAGAGCUCAAAAUGGAGAAAGAGGAGCUGGAAACCCUAAAAGCAGAAGUGAAUGGAAUGGAGUACGAUCUCAUGCAACGGCGUCUUAGAAGAGUGAGCUGUACAACUGCAAUUCCAACUCCAGAAGAAAUGACAAGAUUGAGAGGACUGAACAGGCAGCUCCAAAUAAAUGUAGACUGUACACUGAAAGAAGUUGACCUACUUCAGUCAAGAGGAAUGGGAAAGCUUGAUGUUAAGGCAAUGAGUAACUUUUAUGAAAACAUUGCUCCCGGUCCUGCUGUGCCCUCUAACACGUGCAAAAACGAGGCCUCAGAUUCCUCCUCUGGUGAACGAGUCGCUAGAAGAAUAAGCGUGACAUCAAAAGUGAAGGCCGACCCUCCUGAUUCACAAACUGCUGUUUCUAUGGAAAUCGUUCGACAGAAACCCAGCCCAAGACCUGCAAGAGAUGAAGAUUUUGAAGGAUCUCCAUGGAAUUGCAAUAGUUGUACUUUCCUCAAUCACCCAGCACUAAACCGCUGUGAGCAGUGCGAGAUGCCACGAUUCACCUGAGCUCACUAUAAACAGCUUCACUUUGCUUGAGGUUUUUCUACAGAUACUAUCUAGCAUGCAAGAGAAAGUAAGGGACCUUACUGUACUCAAAAUGUACCCACAAGCUGAGCCCAACUGCAGUGGUUCCAAUGGAAAGAUAAUGGCAACAAAUGCGAUUUAGGCAUUUAAAAUCUGUGGCAGGACAACCUUGUUGGUGAUCUACCAAAGGUCUCUUUGCAGUCGUGUGCAUGCAAAUGAUGGAGGUCUUAAGAUGCUGGUCAUUAGGUUGACAUCAUUUGUUCUCCAGAAACAUUCUGCAUAGGGGAAUGAAGGGUUACAGAUUUGCAGACCAAUUAUUUUGGACUUGUUAAGCGGAAAAGAUAAACAAAAAAAAGAAUUUCCUUUUCUGCUUCCCACAUGUAUCCUGCUGAAUGAAGACUUUGGUUGGGAGCAGUUGUAGUAUAAUGAUAUUUUAUGAAGCUUAUAAAGAGAGAAGUAAUUGCUGCUUUCUUCAGGGUAAUUAAGUCCCAUAUGAAAUGAAUGAAUUAUUUAAAGAAAAAAAAAAAAAAGCUGUUAAAGUUGCGGGUGAGAAAUCAAGGUUUUAGCCUUACUGUCAUAGAGCACAUUAUCUGGUGUGAUAUUGCAGUCUCCUUUGUUUGUGCUGUGUCCAGCAAGCUGUAUCAUCAAACUACUGGUUAUGUUCACAAUCUUGGUAUAUAACAAGAGCUGAAGAUGGAAAUAUUGCUGCAUGUGUUUAGUCCUCUAUCUCUCCUAGAUAAGUGAUUCCUAUAGCUUAUAGGGACAUUAUAUGUGACCAUCCAGUAUGAAUGCUAAUUUACAGCCCAGGCUACCUAUGCCAAAUGCAGAAGUAUUUGAAACAGAAAAUAAACACUAAUAUGAAUGCUUACAUCAAAUUAGAAAAGUGUCAAAAUAGGACUACUCCCCCACACUCUUUUCAUGUUAAUCUGUGUUACGUGUUCCUGAUCUACUGAAUCUUUGACUUAUUAAUAGGUAUUUCUAGUCCCGUAUCGGUGUGUGUAUGUAUAAACACACAUUCAGAAAUUAAUUCUUCUUUAGAGCUUCCCAUUUUGUGAAUGAUGCUUGAUGUUUACAGCACAUAAGGUACUUUGUGCCCCCGGUGGACCCACUUGACAUCAAUUAAUAUAAAACGCAAGAAAUCCAAUAUAGCUGUGUUAUUUACACAUUGUUUAUAAGCCUGCUCAAAAAAAAAGUGAUGGCAGAAUUAGAAAUAUUGUGCACUGUUUCUUUUUUCCUUUUCAUUUUUUUUAAGAUAACUAUUUUUAAUAUUUUCUUUCUCCGUUUGAACAAAAUACACAGAGAAUUAAAGAAUAUAUGGAUUUUAAAUCAUACUGGUACUUCUAAUGCAUCUAAAUUCCUGUAUUGUGAAGGUUAUUGGUUUGCAUCCUGCAAGUUGCUAAAAUAAUAAAGCACUCAAAUGUUUUGUGAAAUCACAA